AUGGCAGGGGAGGCUCACGAUGCGUGGCCGCUAUUUUGUUUUUUCUGGGCUGCACACAAAUCCCUCCGCCUGUUGCCUGGCACGGAGAAUCCCAAGUACAGAUCAGAUGUACCGAAGACCUCCCUACCAGUCGAGGGUGCCGCUGUGCUCAAUCGAUGAAGCCACUCGUUGCCCUGCUGUGGGUAGCAGCUUGGGCCGUGAAAUGUGAGUUAGCAAUAGUUAUCGACUGUGUAGACGGCGUGGCCCUGCGUUUUGAACGCCUCCAGCAUCCGACCCGCGUCUCUUGGAGCGCGCCUGGCUUUUGGGGUGUACCGUACGCAACGGGUCAUAGCAGACCAUGCUGUGUGCAUAGUCGAAAGUUUCUUAUGGUUUAGCAAAUGAUGGAGUAUUGACUGAAUGGUGGCAACUUGAAUCAACACAAUCCGUGUACCCUGGUGAGACCGCUGGACGAAAGGCCGCACAUUUUCCAAACCCGCGGAAGUCGACAUCCCACACCCCCGGUCGCCCCGGUGGUCUAGU